AUGGCCUCAGCAGUGGCUCCAUCGUUUCGUUCAUCAAAAGAGACAACUAAUUACGCCAUGUUAUGCAGGCUUCUGGUGGAUGUCAGAGCACAUAUCUUGAGAAAGACUUUUGAUAAGAGGCGUCCAACAGGAGACCUGAACGCAGUAUUGUCAAGUCCCCCAGUUCAUGCAGUCUUAAACUCACUUCGAAAGAAACAAAUUCUUAGUCCUUCUCUUUGGAGAAAACUAUAUCCUACCAUCAAAUCUACAGUUUCAUCAAAGGAUUUCGAUAUCCCUCUACUGAUGGUUUUGCUGAGGAGUAUAUGCGGUCUUGUUCGUCCAGCUACCGGCUGGGACACUCUUCCUUCUGCAGCAGAUGCAACCCUUGAGGCAGAGAUCGUUCGCAUCAAUUGCUUCAGAAACAAAGUUUAUCGUCAUGCCAGCGAGGCCUCAGUAGAUGAUUCAACAUUCAAUCAAUACUGGCAGGACAUCCAAGAUGCAUUGGUGAGACUGGGAGGAGCUGAUUACCAAAGUGCUAUUGAUGAUCUGAAAAAGGAAUGCAUGGACCCUGAUUUCGAAGAACACUACAUAGAGCUUCUUAAACAGUGCAUCAUGGAUGAAGUUAGCAUCAAAGAGAGACUGGAUGAAAUGGAAGCAAUCGUUAAUCCUAAAAAGAGAGCAGGAGACAAAGGUAUUGUGUAUUAACGGUAAAAUCUGUGCAACGGCCUUUUGAUCUUUCCUGAGAAAAGAAACUUGAAGAGGAAGAUUGAAGGGCCUUUCGUCACAGGGUAAUAAGCAGUUUAACAAUCAGUUCAUUUCAGUAUUAUAAAAUGCCUACCUUUAAAAAUAGCUCAAACUCGGAGAACUCUCUAGCGUACACACACAAAAAAAAAUAGGUGUUUUCUGAGUCAAAUUUGUUCCUCCCGUACCACAAAUUACUGGAUCUGCUCCUGAAAUGAGUCCGUUAGUGUUGGUAAUCACACGAUUUCGAGUACGAUUUUGGGUAAAACAGCACAAGUAGAUUUUUGAAAUGCGAACAAAUUACACGAGCCUGUAGGGCGAAUGCAAUUUGUAGUUUUUGAAAAAUUUACACAUGCUGAUUUAUCCCGAAUUGCACGAGGAAAAUCAUGCGAUUACUUAUUAAUAAUAUACUAGCAAAAAUAUGACUCUGUCUUCCACUUUAGUUGCUUUUUUUUUUUCGUGCCAAGGCUCACUGGUUCGGCCGCUUGCCUUUGCCUUGUGCUGCAGUAGUCGGGGUUUUCCCAAAGAAUUUGGCUCGAGCUUUUAAACUCACCGUCACGAACAAUCGGGUUUUUGUACUCUUUGUUUAUUAGGUAUCGGUCGACAGCAAUAAUCAGAACACGAAAGAUAUCACGCUCGUUAUCUUCCGUCUUUUUUACGAACUACUAUUGCGUAAAAUGCCUCAAGAAGUUUGUUUAGCGCCUCCAAUUCUUAUUUUUCAAUGCCCAAAACUUCCAAACUUUUAGCCAGUUGUUUGUGCUUUGUUUUGUAUUUCUAUUUUUGGCAUUCUCCAUCAAACUCUAAAUUGAAAAGGUUGUUACCUUCUCCUAACCUCUCCGCCAUUUUGUUUUGUUGCGGUUGGUGACUCUCCUGGCAACCAAAUUAUUUUCAUCUUUCUACGCUCAAUUUCAACUUUUUGCCCUCAAUCUCAACUUUGUGCGCUGUUUGGGAUUAACUGACGUGUUCUCAGCCAAUGAGCGUUCUGAAAUGUUUGCAUGCAUAUUAUUAAAAAUGAAUUGAUUUAACCUUUACAUCAACCUCUUGCUACGCUUUUCUAAUUGCUCGGUCAGAAUUUGAUGUCAAUUAAUUGCGAACGGAUUCAAGAUUAACUUGCACUUUUCAGAAAGCCUAAUUAAAGCAAAACUCUGCUAGCGUGAUAACCAAUCGCGUUACAAGUCAGGCAGAUCAAUGACUCUCCGUCGAGCAUCGGAAAAGUUACUAAAUGAAUAGUUUAUCAAAAUAAAUAAAGGUAACGGUUUUCCUUUCAGUUGUAGCGGAAUACUCCGAUACGUUGAAAGAAUCAAUAAAAAGCCACACCGAGUACCUCGCUCAGGCCUCACCGACCACGUCCAAAGUAAGAACAGAUGACAUAUUCACCAACAUUCUCAUGCAACAUGGAAGAAAACCAGUCGAAGAUCCUCAUGUGAAAAGAAAAGAACGCCUUCGCCGGUACGGUCAAAUAAGUGGAAAGCAAAUAAACAGCUCUCAAGAAAUUAUCAUCCCAACCGAUGGGAAACGAAAAAAACGCCUUCGCCAGUACGGUCAAAUAAGUGGAAAGAAAAUUAAAAGCUCUCAACAAAUUUUCAUCCCAACCGAUGGGAAACAUCCAAAAUCUGUUCUUGUCACUGGAAAGGCAGGCAUCGGUAAAACACUGUUUUGUCAAAAGCUGAUCAGAGAUUGGGCUGACAACAAAUUGUUUCGAUCCAGAGCAAAUGCAGAAGUACCUGAUUUUAAGUUCGCAUACUUGCUCACGUUCCGUCAGCUUAACCAACUUGGGGACGACCCUGUUACCUUAAAGGAUAUCUUAAACCGAUCUUCAGUGCUGGAUGACCACUCAAAUAUCGACGACUCUAUAUUUGAGUACAUUCUUCAUCAUUCCGAAGAAGUUUUGAUUAUCAUCGACGGGUAUGACGAGUGUUCACAACGAGAGUACAUCGCUAGUGAUUCGGAUGAAAAGUACCCAACUAACGCCAAAGAGAAGAUGCCAGUAGCAGCACUGUGUGCCAAGCUUAUCAAAGGAAAAAUACUGAGAGGUUCGGUUGUCAUGAUCACGUCAAGACCCGACGAAUCUGACGAAAUGAAAGCCAAAGACAUCUAUUUUGACAGAUACGUUGAAAUUACAGGAUUUUCCGAGCCACAGGUAAAAGAAUACAUUGGAAAGUAUUUCAAAAACAACGACCGAAUGAAAAACAUUGUAAUGGACCACAUUACAAAGAAUGUCAAUCUUGUCAGCUUUGCCCACAUUCCUGUACUUUGUUUUCUUAUGUGCUCCUACUUCGAAUAUACUCUACAGCAACCAAAGAAGAAUAAUCCUCUCCCGGUGAAAACAAGUGACCUUUAUGAUGAAGUGGUCAACAUGUUCGUGCGAAGACACGAUACAAAGAAAAGAGCCUCUCUCAAUAAGACUCUGGAUGGAUUAUCAAAGCUGGCAGCUCAACUUCUUCUGGAGAGAAAGUUUCUUUUCUUUAAAGAGGAUUUGAAAACUUUGAACUUACAUGAGGUGGAACUGAUUCUGUGUGGAAGCGGUCUUCUUCAUUGCGGUCCUCCUUUCAGAAAAUCUUUUUCUGAGACGACUAAACAUUUUUGUUUUACACAUUUGACUCUUCAAGAGUACUUGGCGGCUCGUUGGUUUGUAGAGACAAGAACUAUCCCCCCCAAACAUGUGUCUACAGAAGUAGUUCUAUUUAUGUCUGGUAUUUUGUCCAAGCAAAAAGACAACGAAUUUGAGGAGAAGAUGAUUAUCCACACAUUUUACAGCGACGACUUAUUGGAAAAAGAAGCCAAAAGGGGGCAUUUAAUUUCUAAAUGUCUCCUAAGAUACGAAGACAUUGAGUUUGCCAAGGGAAUAGUUAAGAGAUUUCACGACGUAUUCGACAUAAGAAAUGGAUCUUUUGAUCUUUCUAGGAUGGAGGAUGUGGACUGUCCUGCUGUGUCUUUUGCAUUAAAUGUUUUAGGUGCACUCAGUGAAGAGAAGGAAUCUGAAUGGAAUACAAUCACCACACUUAAACUGGCUUCUUGCACGGUCACCGAUGCCGAUGUUGCCAGUCUAUGUCAAGCAUUACAGACACCAACAUGUAAAGUCACCGAACUUGAUCUGGGUGGUAAUCAGAUCACCGAUGCCGGUGUUGCCAGUCUGUGUCAAGCAUUACAGACACCAACAUGUAAAGUCACCGAACUUUAUCUGGGUGCUAAUCAGAUCACCGAUGCCGGUGUUGCCAGUCUGUGUCAAGCAUUACAGACACCAACAUGUAAAGUCAUCAAACUUUAUCUGGGUUUUAAUCAGAUUACCGAUGCCGGUGUUGCCAGUCUAUGUCAAGCAUUACAGACACCAACAUGUAAAGUCACCGAACUUUAUGUGAGUGGUAAUCAGAUCACCGAUGCCGGUGUUGCCAGUCUAUGUCACGCAUUACAGACACCAACAUGUAAACUCACCGAACUUCAUCUGGGUGCUAAUCAGAUCACCGAUGCCGGUGUUGCCAGUCUAUGUCAAGCAUUACAGACACCAACAUGUAAAGUCACCGAACUUGAUCUGCGUGGUAAUCUGAUCACCGAUGCCGGUGUUGCCAGUCUAUGUCAAGCAUUACAGACACCAACAUGUAAAAUAACCGAGCUUCGACUGGGUGGUAAACAGAUCACCGAUGCCGGUGUUGCCAGUCUAUGUCAAGCAUUACAGACACCAACAUGUAAAGUCAUCAAACUUUCUCUGGGUGGUAAUCAGAUCACCGAUGCCGGUGUUGCCAGUCUAUGUCAAGCAUUACAGGCACCAACAUGUAAAGUCACCGAACUUGAUCUGGAUUUACAUCACAUCACCGAUGCCGGUGUUGCCAGUCUAUGUCAAGCAUUACAGGCACCAACAUGUAAAGUCACCGAACUUGAUCUGGAUUAUAAUCACAUCGCCGAUGCCGGUGUUGCCAGUCUAUGUCAAGCAUUACAGGCACCAACGUGUAAAGUCACAAAACUUGAUCUGGUUUUUAAUCAGAUCACCGAUGCCGGUGUUGCCAGUCUAUGUCAAGCAUUACAGGCACCAACAUGUAAAGUCACCGAACUUGAUCUGGGUUAUAAUCACAUCACCGAUGCCGGUGUUGCCAGUCUAUGUCAAGCAUUACAGGCACCAACAUGUAAAGUCACCGAACUUGAUCUGGGUUAUAAUCACAUCACCGAUGCCGGUGUUGCCAGUCUAUGUCAAGCAUUACAGGCACCAACGUGUAAAGUUACAAAACUUAAUAUGGAGAAGAAUCAUAUCACCAAUGCCGCUAUGGACCGUCUAAAGAAUAUUUUA